CUCUAAUUGAGACAGGUAAACAGAUAAUGGAUUAGUUUAGUUUCCAAUAUGAUUUCAAGUUCUGGAAGGCCAACAGAUUUGAUGUAUUCUAAACAUAGGAUAAAGUAGUAAAUAUGAAAUAUUUAAUCCUAAUAGGGUUAUGGACAAAUAAUGUAUAGGGAAAAAAAUGUCAAGGUUUAAACUAAAUAGAGAGGGAGAUAAAAAAUAAAAAAGGAUUGAUAGAAUUACUAUGGAUUAAAAAAGGGAAGAGUGAUUAUUUAUGAUGA